AUGCUCUUUGAGAGAAGCAUGGCGGUUCUUGGAGGAGUGACGCCGACCUCGUUGCCAUGGGGCUUCCUGGUGUGCGGCCUCCUGUGCCUCGCGCUGCUGCGGCAGGCCGGCAAGCUGCUGGACAUGCUGUGGCUGCGGCCGCGGCGGCUGGAGCGCGAGCUCAGAGCGCAGGGCCUCCGCGGCACGCCCUACCGCUUCCCCGUCGGCGACCUCAAGGAGCACGGCCGGCUGAGCAAGGAGGCCUGGGCGAGGCCCUUGCCGCUGGGGUGCCACGACAUCUCCGCCCAUGUCGCGCCUUUCCUCUACAACGCCGUUCAGGAACACGGGAGGACGUGCUUCUCUUGGGUCGGCCCGAUCCCCAAGGUCACCAUCAGCGACCCCGACCUCGCCAAGGACGUCAUGUCCAACAAGUUCGGCCACUUCGAGAAGACCAAGCUUCCGGCGCUGUCGAAGCUGCUGGCCGAAGGCCUCGCCAGCAUCGACGGCGAGAAGUGGGCCAAGCAUCGGCGCAUCCUCAACCCGGCGUUCCAGCUCGAGAAGGUCAAGCGUAUGUUGCCGGCGUUUUCUUCAUGCUGCGAAGACAUUGUUAGCAGAUGGAGGACGUCCCUAGGCUCGAAGGGUUCAUGCGAGCUGGACGUUUGGCCGGAGCUCAAGAACCUGACGGGGGAUGUUAUUUCUCGCACCGCAUUCAGCAGCAGCUACCUCGAGGGGAGGAAGAUCUUUCAGCUACAGGAGGAGCAAGCUGAGCGCCUCAUAACGAACAUUCGGGGGCUUCUCAUUCCCGGCUACUUGUUCUUGCCAACCAGAAACAACAGAAGGAUGCAUCAAAUCAACAAGGAGAUCGAAUCGAUUCUGAAAAAUCUUGUUGGUAAAAGAAUCCAAGCAAUGAAACAAGGCGAGAGCACCACGGACGACUUGCUUGGCUUAUUGCUAGAGUCAAACAUGAGACAGACUGACGAGCAUGGCCGAUCCAGCUUGGGGAUGACAAUUGAAGACGUCAUCGAGGAAUGCAAGCUGUUCUAUUUUGCAGGAAUGGAGACAACGUCCGUGCUGCUCACGUGGACAAUGAUCCUACUCAGCAUGCACCCAGAGUGGCAAGACCGUGCAAGGGAGGAGAUCAUGGGUCUAUUUGGAAGAAACAAACCGGAAUAUGAAGGACUAAGCAGACUCAAAACGGUGACCAUGAUCCUUUAUGAAGUUCUCAGGCUAUACCCGCCGGCAACCUUGUUCAGUCGGAAUACUUACAAGGAGAUGGAGAUUGGUGGCAUAACAUACCCUGCUGGCGUCAUGGUUGAGCUCCCCGUGAUGUUCAUCCAUCAUGACCAGCACAUUUGGGGCAGCGAUGUCCAUGAGUUCAAGCCAGACAGGUUCGCCGAUGGGGUCUCUAAGGCAUCCAAUGAUUCAGGUGCCUUUCUCCCUUUCGGUUGGGGGCCACGGAUCUGCAUCGGCCAAAACUUCGCACUUCUUGAAGCCAAGAUGGCAAUGUGCAUGAUCAUUCAAAGCUUUGAGUUCGAACUGGCGCCGUCGUAUAGUCAUGCGCCAUAUACUGUGAUAACAUUGCAACCGAUGCAUGGCGCACAGAUAAAUGUUAGAGCUAUUUGA